ACUGUGAACUCUGACCCCGCAGCCUCUCUCUGUGAGUGUGUGAGUGUGUGAGUGUGUGACAGGAUGAAUAAGCGGAAGCUGCUGCUCGUGUCGAACUCGACCCUGCACGGGAGCGGGUACCUGGACCACUGUCAGAACCACAUCUGCUCCUUCUUCACACGUGACGUGAAGAGAGUUCUGUUUGUGCCGUACGCGCUUCACGACAGAGACGCCUACGCCAAAACUGCGCGGGAAAAGUUCCGAACGCUGGGUUAUGAGUUGGAUAGCAUCCAUGAGGCGUCAGACCCUGUCGCUGCGGUCAGGAACGCCGAGGCCAUUUUUAUAGGAGGAGGGAACACUUUCCGGCUUCUCAAGUGUCUCUAUGACAACGACCUGGUGACGGAGAUCAGGAGGAGAGUUCUGGAGGACGGCGUCCCCUACAUGGGCUCCAGUGCCGGCACUAACGUGGCCACCAUCAGCAUCAACACCACCAACGACAUGCCCAUCGUCUUCCCUCCGUCCUUCUCUGCCAUCGGCCUCGUCCCCUUCAACAUCAACCCUCACUAUCUGGACCACGACCCCAGCAGCAGGCACAUGGGGGAAACCAGAGAGCAGAGGAUCACACAGUUCCAUGAAGAAGCAGAGACUCCCCGUGUUCUGGGUCUGAGAGAAGGAUCUUUGUUGUUGGUUGAAGGAAACAACGUCAAACUUCUGGGAACCACCAAAGCCAGGCUCUUCACCAGGAAUCAGCCGUCAGUGGAGUAUGAACCAGGAAGUGACAUCAGCUUCCUGCUCACACACACACACACAGUGACUCAUCAUUAACUCAGCAGUGACUCGGUGUUAACUGAUUCACUGAUCAUUAACUAAUCAUUAACUAAUCAUUCACUGAUCAUUAACUGAACAUUAACUCAGCAGUGACUGAUUAACUGAUCAUUAACUAAUCAUUAACUGAUCAUUAACUGAUUGACUGAUCAUUAACUGAUCAUUAACUCAGUAGUGACUCAGCAUUAACUAAUCAUUAACUGAUCAUUAACUGAUCAUUAACUGAUUCACUGAUCAUUAACUGAUCAUUAACUCAGCAGUGACUGAUUAACUGAUCAUUAACUCAUCAUUAACUCAGUAGUGACUCAGCAUUAACUGAUCAUUAACUAAUUAACUCAGCAGGUUUGAUGGUGUAAAUGUGAACGUAUGAAUCUGAAUAAACGUUUUCAUGAUUUUAUAAAAUGA